GCAACCUGUAAAUUAAAUGCACGGAAUUGCAGUUGCGAUGCAAAAUCUGCGCUAAAAGGCAAUUCGAAGACUAGUAAUUAAGGCUAUAUGGGAAGGGAUUUAUACGAAACAUCAAAAAAAUUACGUAGAAAACUGUGACGUGUGAAUGUAGUUGCGCCGAGACGCGCCGGUUUUGCUUGAAGGACCAGCUGCAAUUUCUCGGUCGCCAUUUUGAAUGCUAAAUUUAAACCGUGCCUAAUUAUAUGCAUUAAUAAGAGGCAUGCACUUGAGCGACAGUCCGGUCCACUUUCGUUUCUAACGUACUUGGGAAAAGAUGGAAUAGAUUUAGGACAAUUUUCUUUCCCUUUUCUACCAUGGCUAAUCGCUUUAGACAAUUUCGCUUGCUGGUGUGGAAGAACUUUAUCCUUCAGUUCCGCCGGCCCGCUGGAACUGUAUUUGAAAUAAUAUUACCAGUAGUUCUCAUUGGAGUUUUAAUUCUGCCAAAACUGUUCAUAAAGACAGAAGACUUCUGCUUCAGCACUUUUGACUCAUUACCAUUGUCAUCCAAAGAUCUGCCAAGGGCUGUUUUGGAUAGUUUAGUUUCAGAAGAUGACUUGAAAAAGAUAUAUCAACAGCCUGGUAGUUCUCAAAAUGCCAGCAGUGUGAACAUGACUGCACUUACCAUGGCUGCAUUAAAAAGUGUUGAAAACAAUACACAUGUUGCUUAUUACCCACCGUCACCUUCAGUGACAAAGGUCAUGAUGAGGGUAGCAGCAAUGACUGGUUUGAAAGUGAUUUCAAGUAGUCUUUUCCAUAAAGAAAAUUGGUCAUCUGCUGAUGAAAUGGCAAAGGAAGCCUCACAACAUGAUGAGUACUAUGCAGGUACAUAACUACUAACAAUUAUUAUAAUUAAUUUGCUUUUAUUACAGGACUAAAGGGCCAAUAACUUAAACAUCAUUUUAAUUCUGAAACUAUCUUAGCAAAUAUAGAAAUUGUAAGUAGUAACAUUAUGGUAAAUAGUCGUGCAUUUUUGUCAUGAGCCCCUGGCUCGGGAGAUUGGGCAACCACUCCCCACAUUUACGACUCAAAAUGAAUUUACCGUACCUUACCUUAUCAACCAAUCAGAUUGUUCUAUUGCCAGUUCAAUUUUGUGCUGAGGUCAAAUUUGUGAAAAGUGCUUGAGCAAUUGGUCCAUGUACACAAGCUGAUGUGAGAUCAAUUAAUUAUUAUAUUAGCCUGUGAGCAGGCCUGUGCCUCCUUUCUUUCCUUGUGAUGAGGCUGCUUGUAGGCUACAAUAUUAUAGACCUACAAACUUGGAACUAAUGUGUAUACCAUAAUGCAUAAGCUGUCAUAAAGACACUAGUACAUGACAUACAUUUAGGUAUAUAUUACACUUUGUACCAAUGCCACAGAAAAUACUGACAGCCAAUCAGAACGCAGGAAAGUGGUUGAUAUUCCAAUUUGGACAGUAUUAAAUCCUGCCUUCCCAUCAUGCACCAUGCAAAUGUGUUGGCCACUCUAUUUUCUGUCGCGUAGUACAAAAUAGUUAUAAAGGCUGAUGUGUAUGCCAAGAAAACUCAAGUGACAUGUGGAGUAUUCCACAGCAUACCACUCAAAUGUGUUGCAUAAC